AUGACGCAGCAGAGCAAGACGCCACUGCCUACCAUGCAUCACCAAGAUGAGGACGUCGAGCGUGGGGAUAUUUGGUCGACUGGAAAUUCACACCUGCAUAUACCCUGGCAAAGACCCUAUGCAACAGGUACACCGUCACCUGGAAGCCCGGAGCGACACAGAAGCCUAGAUGAUUCUGCGGAAAGCAGUGGAGAUGACCACAGUGGCAACAAACUUCUCCUGACGCUGAAAGAACGCGUUCGACAUUUCGUCUGGACCUGGUUUACAAUGACGAUGGCCACCGGACAACUAGCUAAUGUCAUCUUGACUGUACCUUAUGAGUUCCAUGGUCAAUACGCAAUUGGCAGCUGCUUUUUCAUCUUCAACCUUGUCCUCUUCACCUUCAAUGUUACUAUGAUCUCUCUUCGCUUCUACUGGUACCCGUCAACUUUCAAGGCAUCACUCACGCAUCCUACUGAAUCUCUUUUUGUGCCCGCCUCGGUCGUCUCGCUCGGCACCGUCUUGACGAACAUCACCGAAUAUGCUGUCGGCAAUGGAAAGUCUGGGUUUUGGCUGGAGCGGACCAUGAUCAUCUUGUUCUGGGUCUACUGUGGAUUGGCAAUGGCCUUUACCUGUGGGAUCUAUCUCAUCAUGUGGUCGACCCAGACAUAUACCAUCUCUAGGAUGACACCAGGUACGUCGGAGUAUGCAUCUAUACUUCAAGAGCUUUUGCUAAUUCGCAAUNNAGUGUGGAUCUUCCCGGCGUACCCGUUACUCAUCAUUGGACCACAUGCUGGAAAAUUGUCUUCACGAGUGGCACCAGAGUCAGCACUACCGAUCAUCGUUGGCGGUUUCUGUCUCCAAGGCAUCGGCUUUAUGAUGUCUCUAAUGGUCUACGCCGCUUUCUUGUAUCGACUCAUGACGCAAAAGCUACCAAAAGAGUCCCUUCGUCCUGGCAUGUUCAUCUCCGUCGGUCCCUCUGGCUUCACUAUUGCCGGCGUUAUUACGAUGGGUCAAAAUCUUCCAGGAUGUAUACCAGAGAACUUUAUGGGCGUGGGCCAGAUGGCAGGCACCAUCUCACUGGUCAUGGCGAACUGGAUGGGUAUCUGGCUGUGGGGUCUCGCCAUCUUCUUCUUCAUCGUCUCUUGUGGUGCGCAUUGGUCCUGCGUCAGACAUGGGCGGCUUCAAUUUGCCUUGACCUGGUACUCGUUCAUUUUCCCGAACACAGGUCUGACUGUAAGCUUUGCCAGAACUUCAUCUGCUUGUUUCCAUCUGAGCUCAAAGCUGACCACUCUUCGCAGNACUGCCACUUUCGCAGUAGCACGCGCGUUAGACCAUUGCCGCCCCAUCCGCAUCCUCGGCUGCGUAUUUACCUGCCUCCUCGUGGCCGGUUGGUUCUUCGUGUUCGGCAUGAUGAUUCGCGCUGUUAUCCUCAAAGAUAUCCUAUGGCCACAAAAGCAAGAAGAUCGUGAUGAAGGUGGUUGGAAAACCGAAGACCCAGACUUGACGUUGACGAAGAGUCAAGCAACGGGUCCCUAUCCCGAGGGGAGUUCGAAAAGACAAGCCGGAUUUUGA